CAUGUUAUCUUAUCAUGUCCCCCUAGAUAACUUCCCCUAUUUUUUUUUUUUUUCUGUAGAACCAAUUAAAGUUGUAUAUAAAUAAAUUAAUCUCCAUUUGUACGGAUUCUUUAAUUCUGAUUCCUUCAAAUUACCCUCCCUCAGGUUUCAUUUGCACUUACUUUCUUAUUUCUCUCUCUUGUUUGGCGAAGACUUUUUGUGUGAGCUAUGGCGAAGGAAGAUUCUAUGGUUGUUAAUGGUGGUGGAGAGAUUAUGCUGUUUGGUGUUCGUGUGGUGGUUGAUUCUAUGAGGAAGAGUGUUUCUCUUAACAAUCUUUCUCAGUAUGAGCAUCGCCUUGAUUCUUCUUCGACCUACGACGUCGUUCCUUCUGCAGUUCCUGCUGUUAAUGGUGGUGAUUAUGUAUCUGCUGAUGAAGCGGUGGUUACUCGUUCUUCCAACACUGGUUCUGCUAGUCGUGAGCGUAAACGAGGGAUUCCAUGGACGGAAGAAGAACAUAAGCUGUUUUUGCUAGGAUUGGAGAAGGUAGGAAAAGGAGAUUGGAGAGGAAUUUCUAGAAACUUUGUGAAAACAAGAACACCAACACAAGUUGCAAGUCACGCUCAAAAGUAUUUCAUUCGAAAGAGUAAUCUCAAUCGUCGAGGUCGUCGUAGAUCUAGCCUAUUCGAUAUAACUACUGAUUCGGUUGCUGUUAAUCAAACGAAUGAUGAACAAAUCAGCAAAGACAAAAAUGGAACCUCUCAAUCUCCACCUCCACAACAACAAUCAUCUAAUGUGAGAUUCGCUGGUCAACCGCAAGAAUCAAGCAUAUUUUCGUCACCUUCUUCUCAUAUCUACUCGUAUAAUUAUGACAUGAACAUAAUGAAACCUGCGCCAACAAGUAGCAAUAGCACCAGCAGCACCAAGUCAAUGGCGGAUUUCGAUCUCACUCUUUCUCUCUCCUUGUCAUCUCCUUCAUCGGAUCUCACAAAUCCAACACAUUUUACGCAAAGGUUCAAUAAUGUUAAAGAUAAUAUAAUCAGUGUGGCUUAAUUAAUUAAUUAAUUAAUUGAUAAAAUUAAUAACCAUCUGAAUAUCAUCUGGAGGAUGGAUAAAUUGUUGUGGGAAAAAAGUAGGUUUUUGGUGAUGAUAAGUAAUUAUCAUUAUGCUAAUUAAGCUAGUUUUAUCUAAUUCUAAUAUUGAACAUCUUGAUGAAAAAGAUUAAUGUUUUAGAUCAUAAUUUGUUUUGCUUUAUUUUUUCUUGGUUUUUUGUUGUCUUUAAUGGUGAUGUACAGUCUGUAAAAUGUGUUUCCUUGAUAAUCUUUUGUUUGUUUACUGGA